CCUCGUCUCCGAAUCGGAACUCGUCGUUCUUUUCCGUGACUUCCCCCGAGCCCGCGACGCUGCUGACGUCACAGCCCCCACAGGCUGAGGUCUCGGCCGCAGCGGUGCGUUCAGGUUCGGAGCAGCAGCGCGAUGGUGGCCUCCGUCCCUCCGGUUCUCCCACCGUCCGUUUAACGAAGAAACCCGGGUCUCCCGCCGACGAGGCCCCGCCGCGCGAUGGAUGGCCACGCUUUCCCAGACCAGGAGCAGCUGCUGCAGUUCCUGAGGAGGCUCAAGGAGGUUUUCGACGUGUGUGACGAGGAUGCUGACGGCUUCAUCCGGGUGGAGCACCUGGUGGACCUCGGUGUUCAGUUCGGACAAGGAGACGAGGUGAAGGCAUUGACCAGGCACCUGGAUCCUAAUGCUCAUGGGAAAAUCAACUUUAAAGACUUUUGCCAUGGAGUGUUUGCUAUCAAAGGUUGUGAGGAGAUUCUGAAGAUGGCUGUGGGUCCUCGGAGUGCGACCUCCAACCAGCCAUCUGUUACCGACAAUGGUUACGUUUACCAGAACGGUGAGGCCAGGCUGCCCACUCCAAUUAUCAUGUGCACCCGCUCCUUCCCUGAAUGCAGUGUGUACAGGGAGGGUUGUGGUGCUGAUGGGGAGUGUGACAUGGACAGCAGCACUGAAGACGCCAACACCUCUGACUCUUUGCACCCAACAAGAAAGGACAGCCAACUCGCUGGCUCAGCGUCUGCGUCCGUCAUCUCUGGUGAGGAGCAGUUUGAGGACUACGGUGAGGGAGAGGAUGUGGAUUUCAUUCCCAGCAGCCCUUGCCCUGAAGAAGACAACCGAACAAAUGGCUUCUCAGACCUGGGAUCCUCGCUUCCCUCAAGUGGGGGGCAGACGCCCCAGAAGAUGCGGCAACUAUAUAACAGUGAGCUGCUGGACAUCUACUGUUCUCAGUGCUGCAAGAAGGUGAAUCUACUCAAUGACCUGGAGGCUCGACUUCGAAACCUCAAGGCCAACAGCCCUAACAGAAAGAUUUCCAGCACAGCAUUUGGACGUCAGCUGUUCCAGGCCAACCACAGUGUGUUUGGGUCGAGUCAGGGCAGCAGCACUGAGGAUCUGUUCACAGACAGCAUCGACUCCUGUGAUCUUGACAUCACAGAGAAAGUCAGUUAUUUGGAGAAGAAGGUGACAGAGUUGGAAAGUGACAGUCUGGCAAACGGUGACCUCAAGUCGAAACUUAAACAUGAAAACACACAACUAGUCCACAGGGUCCAUGAGCUGGAGGAGCAGGUGAAGGAUGCUGAGACGAGGGCAGACCAGUGUCUGGAGGAGGAGACCAAGAGGCACCGGGAGGCUUACACCAAGAUGGAGCGAGACAGAAACUUCGAGAUGGACCUGCUCUGUAACAGGUUACAGCAGUUAGAAGAGGAAAAUGGAGAGAUGAAGUUAAAUGUGUGUCGACUCAAGUCUCAGACCGAGAAACUGGACCAGGAGAAGCAGAGAAUGACAGACAAGCUGGAGGACACUAGUCUGAGGCUGAAAGAUGAGAUGGACCUCUACAGGAAGAUACUGGACAAGCUCUGGCACAACCGCCAUGCGUUUCAGAAGGAGAAGGAGUCUAUGCAAGAGCUGAUUGAUGAUCUGCGCCGGGAGCUGGAGUAUCUGCAGCUGUUUAAGCUGGAAAUGGAGCAUCCUGGGCAAGGCAAGGGGUUAUCCGAGUUCAACGCCAAGACCAGGGAGAGUGAAAUGGAACAUGAAGUCAAGAGACUGAAACAGGAGAACUACAAGCUGCGGGAUCAGAAUGAUGACCUGAACGCUCAGAUUCUCAGUCUGAGUUUGUAUGAGGCUAAAAACCUGUUUUCCUGUCAAAGCAAGGCCCAGUGCUUGGCAGCCGAGAUCGACAACGCGUCCAGAGAUGAGCUGGUAGAUGCUUUGAAGGAGCAGGAGGAGAUCAACCUGCGUCUGAGGCAGUACAUGGACAAAAUCAUUCUGGCCAUUCUCGACCAUAACCCUUCUAUUCUGGAGAUCAAGAAUUAAAUCUCUCUCUCUCACACACACACACACAUCAAACACAUGUGUUACUGUAGUUGAGUUGAGCUUCCAUUACCUGACCAUUAGCCUGAUUAUUAUUAUAUGCUGAUAAUUAGCUGCAUUAGCUGAGUCAGCACAGCACAGAAUGAGGAUGCAGUUGAAGGGCUGGGAAACGUGGAAGAGGUGUGAGGAGAGAGUGGUCUACUUUCAGAAAUGACAUAUUGUGGCUUUCAAAUUUCAGUCCUGAUUGAUCUGGCAACACCCAUGAUUAUAGUAAGUGCAGUUUAAUACUAAAGCUCCCAGAACUCUGGGGUCAAUAACCACUUGUUGGUCAGCGACUUUGUCAGAAAUACAGAAUAGCGAUUUAUAUCAGUGAGGUUCAGUUGAUCAAUUCCUGUGGACCGCUCCAACUCUGAAUUUUAAACCCUGCAGCAAACAAUUACAAUUACUUUAGAGAAAUACUUACAGUAUGUAAAUACGACACACACACACACACACACACACACACACACACACACACAAGUACUGUAUUCUUCAUCAGUGUCAUCAUCACCACAGCGUUUUUCCUCCUGUACCACUAAUAAUAUUUAAAUGUCUGUCAGUCACUGCAGAACUACAUGUGCCACCAGUGUUUUAUUACCUCUAAUAUUUGAAGCCAGUGUAACUGCCACUGUUCACUUUAUUUCUUGUAGACACAGUCAUUUUUCUGAUGGGGAUUCAGACUGAAUCAGAAUCCAGAUAUAAAGUUUGCAUGUUUACUACAAACUGUUGCCAAAGCUGUCUGUCAUGCUGGAGGUGUUUACCCUCUUUCAGACAGCCAUUUGUUUCUUUCACUUCAUGAUACUAUGAAAAUCUCUUUGUAGAGACUUGAAAUCUACUCGAAUAUGACGAUUGCUAUAAUUCUUCACAAUCACAAUCAUAAUAUAUAUUUUAUGGCAAUGCUGAGCAGAUUUUUCAAACCGAUCUACGAUUAUAUAUAUUCAAGUUAGGAUGAAAGUUGGGAAUGAAUGAAAACCAGUGGAAGAGUUUAAAAAAAGAGUUCCAGAUUUUGGGGAUUGCAGCUUUUUGUAGUACAGAUCCUGGAGUCAGGACGUUGUUAGCUUAGCUUAGCAUAAAGACGCAGCUGGACAACUUCUCUAAAGUUCAGUGAAUAACAAUAAUCUCAAUUGAGUAAGCUGGAUGUUUUCAGUGGAGUUCUAUUUUGGAUCUGCUUCUUGAUGAGCCACCGUUUAUUUGUAGUGCUCCAGAUGUUCAACUAUUUCUCUUGAGAAAUUUGAAACAAAAGAUUUGAGUAAUGGUCAGAGUAGUGUGUUGUCAAUGUGUUGCCAAAGGAUACAACACACAUGAACUCUGACAUACUCUCGAGUUCUGCAUUUUUAGCUGUGAUGAGCUGAUUGAGCUUCAAACCCUUUAAUUUGGCUGUUUCAACACAAACGAAUGUCUACAUGAUUAACACACUAUGCUGUUAUUGUCAGUAAAUAUGUAAUUGAGCCUGUGAGGGACAAUUCAGUGCAGCCUUUAACAAGUAUAUGUUUCCACUCAUAAUAAAGGUAUUUAAAGGGGCCAUCGCUCAAUAUGCCAGAGCUCCACCUUUCACUGUUUUCAUGUACUGUUAAAAAAAGACAGGUAAUACUAGAAGGAUGUGAUAAUCACCAUGAAAUGUUGAAUAGUCCACUUACAGGUCUCAUACAGAUUCAACAUAAUGUGAAUGUGUUAACAUCAACAGCCGGAGCAGGAGAGAUGGGAACAAUGGCCGUAACAGUUCUGCUGUGUUUCUCAGUUUCUCCGCUCUAGAGGAAAUGACCUGUGUCAUCGUUCUUUGGUCAUUCACAAAUCACCUUAAAGGUAUUCUGUGGAGUUCUGGACCAUUAGUUGAGUUGUGGUGCAACUCUUUUCAUGAGCGAGCACUUUGGAUGCCACAGGUCAGAUCCUGCUGUUGGUUUCACGCUGUUGUAUUUAAUUACAGUUGUUGGCAGUUAUUCACCAGCAAAGACAGGCAACAAAAACAGUGAUGAAGAAACAAUGUAGAAUUUAUUAUAUAAAAAACUAGAAUGGCACCAGGUAUAGCACAUAUCUCUGCCAAGGACAAACUGUACUUUAUGAAACUAAAUCAGUUUUUUUCCCAUUUGGAUCAACACCAAAUUACACACUCAUACACAUCAGUCCCCUCAAAUUGCCAAAUUUAGAUUUUCAUCGUGAUCCAUGAAUUAUUUCCCAGGAAAUUGAUGAAAAUGUAAAAAAGAAAAGAAAACGCUCUAUCUCCCAAUCUCCUGGAUUCGUCCAGAUCUGUGCCAAAAUGUAACUGGUCUUUCUCGGCCCACGCCACAUUCUUCCACAAACUUUCAUUGAAAUCUGUUUAGUACUUUUUUGCGUAAUCUUGCUGACAAAAAACACAACAACAACCAUCUGACAGGGUUGAAAACAACACUUGGCAGAAGUAAAAAUCUGUGCAAAGUUGCAAUUAUCUUAUGGCCAAAAUGCACUUGCUUUUUAGAUGUAUACACACAGUGUGUUUUGAUGAGAAGCACUGAAUGCUGAAGAAAAUGUUUACGUUGAAAAAUCUGCACAGGGUGUCUUUAAGUCAAGUUGUUCAUUCACUGUAUCUUAGCCUAUAAAAAAUGAGCGAGAAAUCCGAUUUUACUGACAAAAAAUAUUUCCAAAUAGUUUUUAGAAAAAUAGAAAUAUCUAUCCUUAUGACUAAAAUGACAACAAAAAAAACAUUAACUUACAUUUUAAGUGAGUAAGCCACUCACUUAAAAUGUGAUUCUGCCAGUGUUGUAAGUUAUUUUCAUUUACUCUUAAUCAAGCUAAAUAUUUAACUGUGCUGGUAGAUAAGCUAACCAAACACACCAGAAUGUUACUCCACGUGUGUGACGGUGAGGAGAGCAGUAUUGAGCUGCCAUAGUGAGCAUCAUACUAUAUAACUAAUGAAGCUCGAUUUGCUCCAUUGCACAAACGUGUCACCAAGUGAUUCUUUCCACUGUUAUUCGCUUGUUCUUUUACAGGCUUUGUGCAUUUACAUAUGAGGAAUUAACACAUAUUAUUUGGUAUGAUUUUGUCCAUUGUUGCCACUGUAAGUGAACAUUUUUUUAUACUGACAUUUUUUUUUUAUUUGGACACAGUAUUUGUGGUGUCACAUGUUGUAAAUGUACAGAAUGUAGUUACUAUGUAUUUGCAAGUCAUUCAGCUUCUUACAAAGUCUCUUUGAGAGAUCUGACACAAAAUAAAAAAGUAUGUGUUUGUAGAUUAUAAUAAUCGUGAUAUAGCACACUUCAAGUGUCAUAUUCAAAGUAUUUACCUGGAAUAAUGAUAGUAAAACAAUAGUCUGUCCCAGCUCACAUGUUCACUCAGAUUUAUUUUACUUAUGUUAUGCACACGGAACUAUAUAUGUGAUGAUGAUGUACAAAUUAGAUGUGUAAAUAAAAUGCAUUUGCUUUGGCAUGAUGAA